AUGUUUUUCAUCCAGCCUGUGACAUACAUUAAUGCAGGGAUUUACUACUGUGAGUACUGGAAGGAAGGAGUCUGGUCAGGACGCAGUGACCCACUGGAUCUGGUGGUAACAGGUGUAUACAAGGACACACCCUCCCUGACUGCUCUUCCAGGCCCCAAUGUGACCUUAGGAGGGAAUGUGACCCUCUCUUGUCAAGCAUCUCAAUAUUACCACGUCUAUAAUCUGUCUAAAGAUGGAAGAAAUGCCUCUCCCCAGGAUUUUUUACAUCAGGACCAUAAGACCUUCCUUAUCUCCCCUGUGACUCUUGCCCAUGGGGAUCCAUCUGCUCCUGAAAAUGGAUACCUUCCCAUUGUGAUUGGGAUCUUGGCCAUUGUUGUCUGUCUUCUCCUCUCCCUCCUCUUCCUCAUUUUUCGAUGUUGGCAUCAGGUCAAACACGGGAACAUUGAUGGUGAGACCAAGAACCAGGUGAAGUGUAAGAGCACCAACCCAGUCAUGGACUUCCAGGAAGAAAGUCAACGUGAUGUCUUGGAGGACAUCCAGCUUGAGAAGGACAGACAGAUGGACAUACAGGCCCCUAUAGAGGAAGACCCUCAGGAAGUGACCUAUGCUCAGCUACACCAGGAGACCCUUAGGGGGAGUGUGGACACACAAUUCUCCCACACUCAUAAGGACUCCUCUGACCAGUGCUGUGUGUAUGCCACCCUCACUUUAUCCUGA